AUCGAAGCUCGACACCCAUCACGUCACAACGAGUAUUUACCUGUCCAAACAAACCGACCUCUAUAUAUCGCACAAUGGGCCUCUUAACAAGCUCUUCCGAGGCUCCCCCAAAAGCCACGCGGGAGGAGAUGCGAGAUGCCAAACUCCCCAUAGCCUAUCGAGACAGCUGUGCGAACCUCCUCAUUCCCUUGAACAGAUGUCGAGUCGACACAUACUACUUACCAUGGAAGUGCGAGGACGAGCGACAUAGCUACGAGAAGUGCCAGUACGUCGAGUUCAAGAAGCGAGUGGCCCGCAUGGAAGAGCUGAGAGAGGCUAAGGGAGGUGCGCGGAGUAACUAA